CUCACACCAUAGUUCGAGUCAAUUUACGAAGAAAGCCGACCCUUAUGGUCACCAUCAAAACCACUCAAAAACAUCAUCAGAUCCUUCGACUUCCGAGAGGAUUCUCGUUGUGGACGCAUGCGGCAAACUCACUAUUGACAGUCAACCGGAGAGACAUUUUUGAUCGAACUCUUGUCCGACAACGCAAGAGAACUUCUCUCCUAAAGAAGUGUUUUUGUUUUCUGAAGUUUCAACCUUCAGUGGCUACCGUAUCCAGGAUAUACUUCAGAAGCUCCUGUAGUGGCCUCUGCUUAUCGACCAGUCCAGCACCUUUAUAUGUAUUACUUUCCUCGGUUUAUUAUUAUAUUUACUCGAGCGAAUUUGGUGGUUCAUGCUCUCAAAUGUUAGCUGUUGGGCAGAUGGAUGCUAACCGGCAGAGUGCUUUCGUCCUAGGCAGUACACCGCUGGCAGCGUUGCACAACAUGACCGAGAUGAAGACGUCUUUAUUUCCCUACACUUUGCAGAAUCAUGCGGGCUUCAAGGCGCCUUCUCUCAAUCAUUUGAACACACAGCUAGCCCUGGGGACACCACAUGGAAUUAGUGAUAUCUUGGGUAGACCUAUCAACUCAGCUGGACAGCUGCUCUCGGGCUUUCCAAGGAUAAACGGCUUGACCACCGCAGGAAUGUACUUUAACCCAGCGGCCGUUUCUCGGUACCCGAAGCCCCUGACCGAUCUCCCAGGAAGAGCACCCAUAUUCUGGCCUGGAGUGAUGCAGAGCUCCCCUUGGAGGGAUCCUAGAGUGCCCUGUCCUGGUACGUUUGCUAUCUGGCUGUGUAGAGUGCAAAAAUGUUUAAAUGCAGCUAUAGAAAUCUUUAUAAAUGUUUUCUUUUUUAAUUCAGACAUCUGUUGAAUAGCCUAGGAUAUUUGUUUAUAUUUGUUCGGUAACCUAUUUUUUGGUUCUCCUUGUAAAUAACUGAUAAUAACUACAUAUACAUAACGAAUUCGAUGGGCUAUCCAUUUAUAUUGUUUCCUUUUUAUAUUCCGUGUUUUAAUUAAUAUUCUAAGCCUAGCUAUGAUAGUCAAUACGAAGUCUCUCUUGGAGUAAACUCGUGGCAACUGUUUACUACUGAUGAUGAAAUACUAAUCACUGUUGUGUUUACAUAUUUUUGACUAGACUCUUCAAUCUUUUUUGUAGCUCAAGCAAACAUGAUGCUCGACAAGGAUGGCAAGAAAAAACACUCCAGACCAACUUUUUCUGGACAGCAAAUUUUUGCAUUGGAGAAAACCUUUGAACAGACGAAAUACCUUGCUGGCCCAGAGAGAGCUCGACUGGCUUACUCUUUAGGAAUGACUGAAAGUCAAGUCAAGGUAUGUAUCAUUACUUGAGUCAUCUUUUUACAUUAAUUAAUUUGUAGGCCUAAAUGUCAAUCAUCUUAAAAAUGAAAAUUGGUAUGUGGAAGUUCUAUGUGUAGUGUGUGUUAUUCUCAGUAAUUUUUAUUAUUAGCAGGCUCAUUAUUAUUGCCAAUAUUGUUAACAUUGGUGGUAUUUUCCUAUGCUGCUAUUAUGUUGUCAUUAUUAUGCAAUUGGAGCUAUUAGUAACUUCAUGUUUAGAAAGGCCUUUUCUUGGCUCCAACUCAGAUAGUAAUAACUUUUAUGUUGGAAGAAUAAUUAUUACCCACUAUAAGUCUUUCUUAUAAUUGUAUUUAUUAAGUGUUUAAUUGUAUGUUAUUGCUUCUCCCAAUAGGUAUGGUUUCAAAACAGGAGAACCAAAUGGCGGAAGAGACACGCAGCGGAAAUGGCAACAGCCAAAAAGAAACAUGACUCUGAAACUGAGAAGAUGAAGGAAAGUUCGGACAAUGAGGACGAUGACGAGUACAACAAACCUCUGGACCCUAAUUCAGACGACGAAAAAAUCACAAGACUUCUGAAAAAGCACAAGGCUACGAACCUUUCCCUGAUCAGUCCAUGCAGCAAUAGCUCGGACACCUUGUGAUGACAUUGACAACUUGUCGUGAAGAGACUCAAACACUCCAUGGUGCUUCUAAAGCUAAUUUAACCAGGGUAUACAUUGUUGAAAUGGAGAGAACGGGCGCUGAUGGGUGGUGUGAAUGAUUUAUGUUGUACAAACGAAAAUGUAAGUGAGAUGUAUAUAUUUUUUACUGAGUAAGUUAUGUUAUUAAACCAAUGUAAACAAGACAUGGCAGCCUUUCCCGCAAAUCCUGAUAAGUAUAUAUCUUCUCAAUAUUAUAGCUUAAUUAUGUUAUAUAUUGCAGAAUAAUGUCACCCAUCUCUCCACCUUUUACCAUUCUAAAUUCAAUACAGGUACACCAAUGUAUAAAUGCAAAUGUUGUAAAUUAUAAUGUAAAAAGCUUGUUUUAACGAUUUCAACUCAGUUUUCUUCUAUCAUUUGAAGUAAUUUAUGUUUUACCUCAUCAAACAAAAAUAGAGAACUGGACCAUCGUUUAUGUUGGAAUAAGAGUAUUGCUUCUGCGAAGAUGGAAGAAAAAAAAACGUUGUAUUAUGAAUAAAUUAUUUAACAAGCUUUUGUUUUUAAAAUGGAAUUUUGUUUUUGAAUAGUUUUCAUUUUCACUGAAAUUACUCUUCAUUGAAUAA